AUGGCCGGCGACCCGAGUGCUGGUCCGUCGCCGCGGAAAUUCAAGGCAUCUGAAUUGCCGCUGCCAUCGGCGACACGGGCAGCAAUCGAAUCCCUGGCACAUAGCUUCAAGAAAGAAGGCGCCUAUGACUCGAUAAGGAAGCAAGUUUGGGACAAGUUUGAAGCUAGUGAUUACGAGGCUCAAGUUACAAAAGCGAUUCUCGAGGUUGCAGAACAAGAAGUCGAGCGCAAUCCGCAUCAACUCCUCACCUUGGACCGGAGAAAAGCUGCAGCGCUGAUUGAUGGCGCAUUGGAACGAUCGGGCGUGUAUCACAAGGCUGAAGAGGUCAUUGGGAAGCUGAUUGAUGUCGAGGCGAUUGAGCAAAGCAUUCGGGGAAUUAGGCGAGCAGAGAUUGGCCAGGAAGAGGCCGGCGAAGAACAGGAACGUGGAGCAAAAACCGACGAGGAUUAUGCUGCCGACACCGCAGCCAAGCAAGCCGAGCGUGAAAGGGUGCGAGACGAGCUGAGGCAGAAAGAGGCAGCCAUUGAAGAGGAAAAGAGGCGUAUCGCUAAGGAAGAGCGCCGUCAAGAAGAAAAGGAACGCGAAAAGGCUGAGAUCAAACGCCAGGAAGAACGAGACGAGCGGCGGCGGAAGCGAGAGAAGGAUCGUGAAGAGAGAGAGCGACUGCGUGACUUAGAGCGAGAACAAAGGCACAAGGAGCGGGAGAAGCGAGAAAGGGACGAUAGGGAUACUGAUCGAGACAGAGACAGAGAUCGGGAUAGAGAUCGAGACAGGGACAGAGUCAGGGACAGGGACAGAGGUCGCGAUCGAGAACGGGAACGAGACCGUGACCGUGAAGGCGAAAAUUCACGUAAAGAAAACGCGGUUCUGCCCGAGGAGUUGAAGAAAAAGAUGUCCAAAGAGGACCAUGAGCGGCUGGAACAGGAAGCUCUGGCCGAUCUUUUGCGUGAAAGCAGCAAGUCGACUCGCGCAAAGCUCGAAAUGGAUAUCGAUUCCACCUUGGCCCCCCCUCCUAGAAAGACUGGCCCAGCCUCAGCUAUCAACCCGAUCCGAAGGGAUUCUUCGAAAACCGCCGAGUCCAGAAAACCCAUCGAAAGAAGGGACUCAAAGUCGUCCAUGGACCCGAAACCAUCCGGAUUGAGAGAAGAGCGUCAUUCCAGUAGAAGUCCGCCCCGAGCUCAUGACGCGGAUCUUGAUAGAGCCAAGGACCGAGAUCGAAGCCACCAAAGAGACACUGAUGAUCGACGUCGCCGUGAUCAUCGAUCCGACUCGCCAAGGCGGGACCGCAGUCGUUCCAGAAUCAGGGAUAGGCGGGAUAGGAGCCGCUCAAAGUUGAGGAGGGACAGAAGUCGAUCUCGGCCGCGAAGGGACGAUAGACGCGAACGAAGCCGCUCGAGGCCUAAACGGGACCGCUCUGCUAGAAGCAACUCACGACGGCGAGUUCCAAGCCGGUCACGGGCUCGAUCUACUAGGCGCGAGAGAAGCCGGUCACGAGCGAAACCCGACCGCCGGGACCGCAGUAGGGAGCGUAGCCGAGACCGUCGAGACCGUUCACGCUCGCAUUUGCGAACAGACCGUCGGGAGAGAAGCCGUUCACAUGCUGCUCGACGAAACCGCAGCCGGUCAAGGGAUAGUCGCCGUGGUGUUGGCGUUGGUGUUGGUGUUGGUGUUGCAGAUUCUUACUAUCCUACUAGGUCAGACGCUCGAUCACCUCGCCGCCGCAGCCGUGAUCGAUCUGGCGAUAGAGAUAAAGAUCGAGAUCGAGAAAAGGAUCACAAAGAACGAGAGCAAGAAAGAGAUCGCACGCGGGAUCGACGAAGCCGAUCGCGAUCUCGUCCCGGCUCAUCAACUGUGCCACAUGCAGCUACCAAAGAUGAGCUCGAAGAGUGGAAACUCGAGGAAGUCAAAAAGCGGGAGAAGGAAGCCAAGGCUUACCUGGCGGCUCAGAAGGACGCCAGAGCGAAAGGCUUGCCAAUCCCCGGGGUUGAUGACAAGAAGAAUAGUGGUGAGAAGACACUUGCGACACGACACAAGGGUGAUGGACAAGCAGUUGACAGAUAUGCUCCUGGAGCCCGGGACGAGAGACUUAGGAGCAGAUCGCGCAGCAACAGUCGGGACAGGAACCGGUUCCGCGAACGAGACAACCGAGACCGAGAUAGGGACAGGGAUAGGGACCGACGAGACCGCGAUAGAGACCGCGACCGAGAUCGUGACCGAGACCGAGAACGCGACCGAGACCGUGAUCGACGAGAACGUGAACGGGACCGCAGCCGGGACAGAGACCGAGACAGAGAUCGAGACCGAGAUAGAGACAGAGAUCGCGAUCGAGACCGUGAUAGGCGCAACAGACGAGAUCGCAGCCUAUCGCCUCGCCGAGAGAGACAUCGCAGCCGAAGCCGCCGUCGGAGUAGGAGUCGAUGA